UGGUACCCCAUUCUCACACUAGUCAUUCCUUUAACUAACCCCAAUCCAUCUUCACUAUUCAUCCAUUCUUUGACUGCCACAAUGACCAAAAUAAUAAAAUAAAAAAAAAAGAAGGAAGGAGUGGAAUGCAUAAAUAGAGUGGUUGGUUGAAACUUGAAAGUGCGGUUCUACUACCUUAUCACAAAAGGAGAAACGAAGGAUUCUCUCACUAUGGCUUCAGAUGACACCCUCUUCACUUUUCACUCUUCUUCACUACAAGACGAAGAAGACUUGGACGAUGCCUUCGAUAUUCAGAAUCACCUCCACCCGCAUCCCCACAACGUCUCAAGGCUCUCCGUCUGCACCACCAGCACCUUCGGCCUCGACGACGACGACGACGACGACGACAACCUCGUCUCGCGACUGUCCAUCGAAAGCUUCGACGCCGACGGGGAGCAGUCCGACGGCAAGGAGUUGGCGCCCAGGCUGUCGUCGGACUCCGAGAAUGAGUUGGGAAGCUGCUACUCGUUGCCCUGCACGCCGCCGCGGAGGAGGAGCCAGGUGAAGGAGUACGCCAGCGACAAUGGCGGAGAGGGCGGGAAGAAGAAGGGUGGUCCGGCGCCGCGGAGGAGGAGGAGGUCGUUGAGGAGCGAUCGGUGGAGGUUGGAGUUGGAGCGGGCGGAGAAGGAGCAUGGGCUUGGGCUUGGGCUUGGGCUUGGGCUUGGGCUCAGCGGGGAGAGUGAUCACAGUGGGGUGAUGCUGAUAACGAGGCCCAAAGGUGGGAAGCGGGCCCUCUGUAUGGACUUGGACGAAGUUAAGGCCUGCAGAGAUCUUGGGUUUGAGUUGGAACAUGAGCGUUUACUUGACACUAGCAGCGGCGGCAAUUCUCCCAUCGCUAAUUGGCGUAUCUCUUCUCCUGGUGAUGAUCCCAGAGACGUCAAGGCUCGGCUCAAAGUGUGGGCGCAAGCAGUGGCAUUAGUGUCUACCACAAAAUACGCCACAUGACCAUCAUUUUCGCCUAACAACACAAUCUUUUCCUGCCAUUCAGACAAUUAUUAUAUAGCGUAUUAUAUCAUUGGUUAUAUAAUCUUCUUUUAGAUUUUAGGUUUUUGUUAGUCUUGAGUUUUCAGCUGGAAGUUCCUUUUUGAGUGAAGUUCACUUUUGCUUUGUACAGGAGUAGUGUUUGAAUAAGAUGAAAAGGCUUGUGAUCCGAGAAACUAGUAGUGUGUGAAUAGCCAAUUGAAAAUAUGUAGUGGAAAUGGGAAUGAAUGGCCAAAAAAGACAAAAAGAAAUAGGAUGGAAUUGUUUUGGGAAUUUUGGAUUCUAUAUAAGCGUGUUUGGUUAUGAGUU